ACAACAAAAUUGCGUUUUCCCAACACUAAUGGUGUUGCUUAUUACGUCUCCUAUGCAAACGUGGGCAGUAAAGUUAAGCUUUUUUAUGGUUGAGCAAAAACUUAUUGCAUCGAACAGCCGUUCGACGGCGGUUUAUGUGGGACUAUUUAUUCUGGAACAGGCACUUCCUUCGUGGCUCGGCACAUCGCAAAGGACACCGGACGCACUGCUGACCCCACGAUCUGGCAUCGAAGUUCCCGACGAGGACUAUUUCCGUCGGAAGGGAGUGCUAGGUCACACAGCACUCCAACCAGAGCUAGUAGAGAAAGUUGUAUCAAAUCUUACUGGACGCACAAACACUUAGAGAGAGUAAAAUUAUUCCUCUCGCGAGCGAUAAACCUCUACGCUUCGUAUAUUAUGAACCUGUCCAUAUUCCCCCCACUACAUGUCCAUCAUACCCGCACCGAUAAAAAUUUUCUACUUUUCGGCUUGUUUUAAUUUCAGUAAAAACAUGGAAAAACACUUUUUGUAAAACAUU